AUACAAUGUAUGAAUGUAAUUGUGCUUCUAUACUGUAACUGAAAUUUUACAAUCAAAAGAAUUAUAUGUUAUAUGUCAUAAUCUAUUUAAGCUGAUGUGUGUGCUAAUUAGUCUAAAAAAAUGGUGUUUUUAAAAAUUCGGAAAUUUGUGAAUAUGAGAUGGCUAAGUACUUAUCGUAAAACUUUCAAAGAAGAACUUGAAAUAAAUUAUAUUCCAACAAAUUUAUUUCAAAAGAGUUUGCUGACUAUCGGGUCAGCUGCAGUCGCUCUUCUUGAUCCAUAUAGGGGAGAUAUGAUUGCAUGCUUAGGCGAAGUAACUGGUGAGCUAUCUCUCAAGUAUAUGCGAGAGAAAAUGCUUGAAAGCAACGAAGGUGCUGAAAUCUUACGAGAUAUGCCUCGUAUAAAUUCUCAAACUGUUUGCUUUAAAACACUCUCUAAAAUGCCUGAAGGUUCACUUGGUCGUCUUUAUGCUGAUUUUAUGAAUGCUAACAAAAUAACCCCUGAUUCAAGGUUACCUGUGCAAUUCAUUAAAGAUAAAGAUUUGGCUUAUGUUAUGCAAAGAUAUAGAGAAGUACAUGAUUUAGUUCAUGCUUCAUUGUUUAUGAAGACUACAAUGCUUGGUGAAGUUACAGUUAAAUGGGUAGAAGGUAUUCAAACAAGGCUACCAAUGUGCAUCGGUGGAGGUAUUUGGGGAGCUGCACGUUUAAAACCUAAACAUAGGCAACUUUACCUUAAAAAAUAUUUACCAUGGGCUAUCCAAACAGGAAAUAAUGCUAAGUUUAUGCAAGGUAUUUACUAUGAGAAGCGAUGGGAACAAAAUAUUGAUGAUUUUUAUAAAGAGAUGAACAUUGUCAAACUUACUGACCACAUUCUUAGUAAGUAAGAGGAUUAGUGACACAAUGAAAUAUGCAUAUAGGGUAUAUUGUUGCCAUACAGUAAAAAUGUAUUAUUGAAAGAGUAGUAGAGAGUAAAGAAAAUAAAAUUUAAAAAGUAAUAUUUAA